GAGAGCUGGGCGCGUUUUGCUCAUAAAAUAAAAUAAGAGAACGACAAUGAACUCUGUAAGUGCCUUUGCCUGACUGGAAGACUACCCUGAGCGUGGGCGAGGAUCAGAUCCUGCCCUCGUUCGGAGGAGUAUCGACUAAUCUGUUCCUGUCCAUCUUUGGCCUCCUUCAAGAAACACGGCAGUGAGGAGAUGCCCCCAUAUCAAAGGAAUAGUUCUGGACAACACAGAGUAUGUGAAAAAGCCCAGUGACUCAUAGCAGAUGUAAGCCUCAACUCUACAGAAUUUAAUAGCAAAAACAACCGCAGCUUGGGAAGGGCUCUGGAAUUCUUUGCAUCAGCCGAAGAAGAUUUAACAACUUUGAGUUCUGUCCAGAAGUUAAAGCUUCCAAAAUGAAGAUUUUGAUAAUGAUUGAUUUUGUCCUUGCAGCUAGCUUGAUGGAUGCCAUUGGCAGCUCUGAUUUACAGAAAUGUUUUCAAGAGCAGAUACAACUUCAGGGCCAGGUGAGGCUUCUGGAGCACCGUGUGAAACAGCAGCAGUUAAAAAUUAUGCAGCUUUUAGAGAAGAAAGAGAUUCAGUACAGUGACAGAGGAGAUGAAAACAGUGUCAUUGACUUGGGAGGAAAAAGGCAGUAUUCAGAUUGCGCAGAAAUCUACAAUGAUGGCCAUAAGCAAAGUGGAUUUUAUAAGAUGAAACCUAUCCAGAGUCCUACUGAGUUCCUUGCCUUCUGUGACAUGUCUGAAGGAGGUGGUUGGACUGUUUUUCAGAGACGAUCUGAUGGCAGCCAGAAUUUUGAUAGAGUCUGGGCUGACUAUGAAGAAGGCUUUGGAAAUUUUGGUUUGAAAAAUGGUGAAUAUUGGCUUGGAAAUAAAAAUCUUCAUUAUUUGACUAAUCAAGGGAAUUAUACUUUAAGAAUUGAUCUAACUGAUUUUGAAGGAGAACGGCGUUUUGCACAAUAUGCAAGAUUCAGAGUUGCAGGAGAGGAGCAUUCUUAUGAGAUGAGCUGUGGUGAAUACUCUGGUACAGCUGGUGAUUCCCUUACUGGUGGAUUUCAUCCUGAAGUAAAAUGGUGGGCUGAUCAUCGAGGAAUGAAAUUCAGUACUAGAGACAGGGAUAAUGACAACUAUGAAGGUAACUGUGCUGAAGAGGAAAAGGCUGGCUGGUGGUUUAACAGGUGUCACUCUGCCAACCUGAACGGUUUGUACUACAGAGGUCCCUACACUGCCAAGACAGACAACGGGAUUGUUUGGUACUCUUGGCAUGGGUGGUGGUACUCCCUAAAAUCCGUUGUCAUGAAGGUCAGACCAGCAGAUUUUGAACUAAAUAUUGUUUAAGUAUUUUAUUAAGACGAUUUACCUAGUUAAUCUUUUAGGAAAUUAUUCCAAAUUAAAACAGAUAGGCCAAUUUUUGCUUCUCAUCUAUGCAUAUAUAAAUUUGCAAUAAUGCCUCUGCAACUAGUAGUUUUAUGAGAUGUGAGAAGACAGUCUGGCCUAUGAAUCUUUAGAUACAAUACUAAUGCUAAUAUGUGUACAGGGUUUUUUUAAAAAUGGCAAGCAUUCAUCUAGAAAUAAGGACAUCAUCAAGAUGGAGAAUUUUUUGCUUUACAGUAACUACAAAUCCUUUCACCUUUAAAAACCAACAUUAUUGUUACGGUGUUGACCCAAAAAUGAAAAUUAAUUGUACUUACUGCAGUAAAAACCCUAUUCAAAUAGAAGCAUAAGGUUUGCUCAGUGGAUGAAACAUACUUGCUUUGGAAUGGUUCAAGACUUUAGAAGUGAAUUUCCUGUAAAUUCCUCUAGUGUAUUUGUUGCAUGUGUUGUGUACAUAGCAUACACAAAAAGGUAUAAGGAAUGAGGCAGGAAACUGAAGAAAGAGAAGGGAUGCUACCAGGCUAGAAUCAAUUGAAUCCAGCAUAGAGAAGUGGAUUGUCUGUUGUUGCUGAAGCAUUCCUAGGGCUGGUCACAUCAUUUCAAUCUAACAUUUCUAGAUGGUCAGUAAUUAUGCUUUUCGUCUUCUUGGUAACCAUUAUGCCUUUUUUUAAUAAAAAAAAUAAAGGACUUUAAUAUAUUGACAUGUGGAGUUUAACAAAAGCUGCAACUAAUGUUAAUGUGAGCUAAGCUUUGAACACAAUGCAUAUGUAGAGGGAAGUGUCAUUUCAGAGGUUCUUAGUGCUUGACACUAUAAGUAACUACUUUCUUUUUUUAUCUGUUAGACUCCACAACUCUCUAAAUUUGAAUGUCCUGUUUAGUCACCUCAAAGUGGUUCUGCUUCUCCUUUUCCUAUGUACUUGUCUAGGCUCUCUGGGCUUUUCUCCUUCUCAAAGCUGCAGAUCCACAUUUUUCUUUUACAAGGAAAAAUAAUGAGAGACUCUGCCUGACCCUGGCUUUUGUGCCUAGUACUACAACAGACUCCAACAGCCAGCAAUAACAAGAGUCGCUGAUUAGUGCUUGCUGCCAUGGAGAAGACAGGAAAAUAGGAAAGCUCUCUGAUGAAAUGUAAUCCAAUUCUGCUGGGCAGAUGCAAGUGACGAUUUCCAAAAAACAAAAAGGCUCUAAGCUUGCUUUCUUAAAAUAAUUUUGCUUUUGUGGUUGUACUGCCACUCUCUCCCCCUCUGUCCAAAUACAGUUUUUGAAUGUGGCAGCCACUUUCAGUCACGCUUAACAUAACUGAAACUAACUUUUGGCAAUGUCAGUCAGUUUAUAACUCCAUUGAUCAGAAUACAGGUCAGCUGAAUGGUAACUCUCUGCAUAGCCAUUUUUCCUUCCCUAUGCAUCCUCCCAAAACAAAAGUUUGUAAAGAACCCUUGAAAGAUUUGCAUGGAAUAAGGGAAGGAGGAUGUUCAGAACAACUGGAGAGAAAAAAGAGAGGUUUGUAUGAAAAAAUCUCACUUAAGAUAAAUCAGAUUACAUCUAAACAAAAAAAAAGGAAUUAAGUAGCAAAAAAAGAGCAUUCAGGCAGCUAAAAAGCAUGAUAUAAUGUAAAAAUUGUGCUGAUAAAAUUUGGCAGUAUAGAGUUUUUGAGGUCUCUGCCUUCUGUGUUAGUAGCAGGUAUUCUAGAUAAUCCAGUCUUUUUCUUUAUUUAUCAAUAGAUAAUGUGCUAGAGAUUUCUAGCCUCUAUCCCUGCAUGAGAGGACCAGUGAACAGCUCUACAACUGCUCAUUUUGAACUUUGUUUCGUUAGUUAUACCAAAUUAAAUCCUGUAUGGAUUUAAUGGAAGGCAUGCCUCCCUAUGUGGGUGUGUGCAUGGUGAGAGAGAGGGAGAGAUUCAACAUUAAAACAGAAAAUCUGGUAAAGUAUUUUUAUCCAAUUUUAUUAUAGCACUUAAAAUUGAUUCCUAUGUAACUAUGAGUAUGUCUGUAGGUAUGAGUUAUUAAUAAGGUAAUGGAAGUUUUGGAGUAGCUAAAAAAGCUGUUGUAAGUAUAGAAUCUCCCAUAGUGAUUUUCACAUUCUUUUGCUACUCUAAGAGGAGAAACAUUUAAUUAUUUGGAAAAAAAUGGAAUGCCAUUAUAUAGAAAAUGUAUAAAAAUCCGUUUAGUUUUUCACAACAAAAUGGAAAUAUUAACUCAUGAAUCUGGAGAGCAUCAAGCCAGAUCAUAUUCCACCUAAAUAAAUGACAUGGAGGAUUUAUGUACAGCAAACUUGGAUCUCUAGCACACACAAAGAAGACCCUCAACAUGUACAGAUUGUACUCAUAAAAUCUACAGUAAUUUUUUUAUGUACUCCAGAAUAAAUCCAUCCUCUUCAUUUAUUAGAACACUAAUGAAAUCUUUCAGCUGAGUUAGGGUGCUUUUGACAUAUUCUGAUGAUGUAAAAUUUCACUACCUUUCUAUACUGGAAAUCGUAAAAUGAAGGAGAAUCAAAUCUUUCUCUGAACAUCUUAUAAUGCAUUUAUAUGUUUAUUUGGACUGAAUGUUCUUCAGAACAAGGAAGCAUCUAGCAUACUGUUAGCAACAUACAAAUAUUGUAGCUAAUUUCCACCAUCUUUCUAUGGCCUUUCUUUGUGCAAUAAAUCUUUCUGGCCACAUGAAAA